CUCCUAAAAUCUGGUAAACCCAAUACUGGACAAUCAUUUCUUACAAAACCAAAUACAUCCUAUGGCCCUCUCCUUCAAAAUCACAGAACCACAUCCCCUAAACCCCAACAAAAUCCCCAAUUCCUCUCAAACCCUAAAACCCCGUUAUCCCUCUCUCAAUUUCUCCAAAUCCAAUCCCAAACUCAAAUCAACAGCCAUGAAAGCCCUCUUCUCCUCCGCCAAGCUCAUCGCUUCAACAACUAAACCAAAACCCUCUUUUCUUUUGACCCCAAAAAUCUCAACCACUAGAGCUUACAGUCUAAUCCCAAUGGUCAUCGAACACUCAUCAAGAGGAGAAAGAGCUUACGAUAUCUUUUCUAGGCUUUUAAAAGAGAGAAUUGUUUGUAUUAAUGGUCCAAUCGAUGAUGAUACUUCUCAUGUUGUUGUUGCUCAGCUUUUGUUUCUUGAGUCUGAGAAUCCUUCUAAGCCUAUUCAUAUGUAUCUGAAUUCUCCUGGUGGACAAGUCACUGCAGGCCUUGCCAUUUAUGAUACAAUGCAGUACAUAAGGUCUCCAGUUACUACCAUUUGUUUGGGUCAGGCUGCAUCUAUGGCUUCCCUCCUCUUGGCUGCUGGGGCUAAGGGCGAGAGGAAGGCACUACCAAAUGCAACAAUCAUGAUUCAUCAGCCAUCAGGUGGGUACAGUGGACAGGCAAAGGACAUGACGAUUCACACAAAGCAGAUAGUUCGGGUCUGGGAUGCUCUGAAUCAAUUGUACUGCAAGCAUACAGGGCAGCCACUUGAUGUAAUUCAGAAGAAUAUGGAUAGAGAUUAUUUUAUGACCCCAGAAGAGGCAAAGGAAUUUGGAAUUAUUGAUGAUGUGAUUGAUCAAAGACCCAUGACUUUGGUGACUGAUGCUGUUGACGAUGAAGGCAAACAAAAGGAUUCAAGCUAGGACUAGAGGGUAAGAUCUCAGAAGAAAGGCAUUGCAGUCAUGUUUUUUUGUUGAAACUUUUCCUGAUUUAUCUGAUUUUACAUUUCUGGAUUUUGUUGAUUCUGAAAUAUGCUAGGUUCUUUGCUUAUCAUGAUUCCUGUUUUUGUGUUUGGAUUCGGUGACAAAAGAAGUUAGUUAAAUGGCUAUUUUAGCUUUUAGGUACAUAAAUCUCGAGGAAUUCAAUUUUCUCCAGUAUUUGAUUUGCAUAGAAUGAUCUUAAAUAAUCUUGUGGUUGACUGGUCAUAGAAGCUACCAAUUCUUGUUGCA